CAAACAACAGAUAAGUCAGGAAGAAAGACGCAGCAUAGAAAUUUGAGAAUGAUUACCUGAAUCCCUCUGUAUUCUAGCAGUCGCUCUGCCCCUCUGCCUUAAGUACCUGGUGCGAACGCCGAACACUGACUGAACGAACAGUCGGUUCAGAUCGCGCUCUGCCAGCCCCACCUUAGCUUUAUUCCAGAAUAAAUCCUCCUUCCGGCCGCCUCCUCUUUCGCUCCCCCUCCCCAAGGGAAGGAUUUUCCAGGACACCCGUGGAGUGUAGAUGAAUCGGCUGCUCUGCUUCAGUCUACAUGACGCCCAGUCCGCCAGAUGAAGCUCUUCACUUCCGUGGAAAGACUCUGACUCCCGAGAGCCCGCGCCCGCUUCAUGUAGCGGAACCGACCAAUAUCCCGGUGCUUUUCAAUCAAAUGGACCCCGUCCUGAAUGAUACAGCACACUAUAAGCAGUCGGAGUCUGACCAUGGAAGUCAUAUGUCAUCAGAUCCCUCCUCCCAGUUAGCCCAAGACAUCUCCAACGACCCCUCCCAACCCCCCUCUGUCUUUGUCUCCUCCCUCCCUUUCUUUCCAACCGUUCCGGUGACGGCGACUGCCGACGAGCCUAGGCUGGACCUGGACCUGCCCUUCAAGACGCAGCAUCGCCACUCAGAAUCCCAAAACCCGCGCAAUCCCGCUGCUGCCGGGGAAGAAGGCGUCGACUUCCAGAACCUCCUUGAUAACCUGCCCCCUUCUUCUUCCUCGACUGCCGCCCCCGUGCUCGUGAAGAAUGCCCAUCAAGCAGCGGAGGACCCUGCUCUCACACCCGCUGCUGAGGAGUCUGUACAUACUCCCCUAGGGCUCCCUCCUCGGCCCCCGCCCCAGAACAACUACCCCAGUGAUGACUUCCAUCCAUAUCAUCCCCUCCCUGCCCCUUCUUCAACAACCAAUGCACCUCCUUAUCCAUCCCAACAGAGUAAUUACCCCCUGGCUACGACAGGCGCUCCCGGCACCUCCUCCGGGUCCAGUAGCCUACCCCCUCCCCCGGUAGCCACUUUCCAGCAGCAGCCGCAGCAGCAGCAGCAGCCUGUCCCUGCCCCAGCUGCGGGAGCCCCCGAAUCCCCCAAACAAGCAAAUACCAGGAGUAUACGAGUGGAGCGGCUAGCAGGACGCCAGUACAAGCCGGGGGAUGAUGAUGCACCGUGGGGGCCUGAAGUACAGAAAAAAUAUGACGAGUUUCUCCAUGAUGAGAGAAUCUAUGUAACAGAGGGGCUCUGGGACCGCUUUCCUCCAGGAUCCAGGCUCUUUGUUGGGAACUUACCCACCGAAAGAGUGACAAAGCGGGAUUUAUUCCAUAUUUUCCAUGAAUUUGGCAAACUGGCUCAAAUAUCGAUUAAACAGGCCUAUGGUUUUAUCCAAUUCCUUGAUGCAUCAGCCUGCCACCAAGCACUCCUAGCAGAACAGGGUGUAGUAGUGAGGGGAAGAAAAAUACACCUUGAGAUCUCUAAACCACAGAGAAAUACCAAACCUGGCGCACCACCCUCUGCUGAUCCGGUAAAACCCCGACGUUCCCGAUCUCCUCCGCCAAAGCGCUCCCGAUCCCCAGAAUACCUUCGGAAUGGCCACGGCACCCGUGGCCGCGGUCAGGGCGAUCGUUUUGAUCGCCCGUACGAGGCAGGCCGAGCCCCGUUCGGCAACUUCCGUGAUGAUCCGGCGUCCCGUCGACGGGAUGAAUAUAGACCCCCUCGUUCGCCGUCGCCACGAGGCUUCCGUGGAAGAGAGGACUAUUGGCCCAGGGACAGGUCCCCUGAGAGAUUCGAUCGACGGGACAGAGAUGGGAGAAGGCGCUCCCGGUCACCGUAUGGUAGGGACAGAAGAUAUCGCAGUCCAAGCCCACGACCUCGAAGCGGUUAUGAGGGUGACGCGGACCUACCGGUGCCUCGGCGGGCCCCCAGAGAUGUUCCAGAUGUGCAGAUCCUGGUCCUAGAAGAAAUUGACCGGAACUUCCUUCUCCACGUUGAAAGCGCGUUCCGCAACCGUGGAUUGAGAGUCGAUACACUGACGCUGGGUCCUCGGAUUCCCUUGGCUGCUGCUCUCCACCGUCAAAUCGUCGAAGGUGUCCCCGCAAUUGUGAAGCUUUCGCGCUCCCAUCAGUAUUCAAGCAAGAUCUUUCUACAGACGUUUGAUCGAUCUGGUGGCGCAGACAACGUCCGUUCUAAUGACUAUCCUGAUAUCGACGCCAAUGCUGCUGCCGACUUUGUACUCCGUGCCCAAGCAAUGCAGCGUAGCGGUGUGCCCGUUUCGUAUCCUUCUAAUUUACCAUUCACCAUGCCCGCAUUUCCACCCACACAGGCUGCUCAGCCUGUUUCAAUGCCCUCCUCGCUUCCUCAACCUCCGAAUAUUGCCAACCUCAUCGGCUCUUUGGACGGGCCUGCGCUUCAUUCACUGUUAGGCGCACUUCAGCAGCAACAGCAGCGAGCAAACCCCAUGCCAACGGCACAGCCGUCCCUUCCCACAACAAACUCUAUACCCGGUGCAGACCUGGCCAACCUGCUAAGCAAUGCAGCUCGACAGACUACUCAAAUCCCACCCGUUCUUGCAUCAGGCCAGCAGCAGCCGGUCCUUCACCCUCUCCCCCAGUUCCCAAUGCAGGCACCGAGCGCUCCGAUGAUAUCCGACCCGAAUCUCAUCUCGUUGCUUGCCAAGGGCCUAGGAGGACAACAACCGCAACAGAACCAAGGGACCAAUCCCGACAUCCACAACAUCAUGCACCAGCUGGCGAAAUGGAAGCAAUGAAACUCAUGCCUUGUAUUGUUCUCUAGGGAGCUUGGCGUUAAGAUUAGAAGAGUUUGUAACCCGUCCUCCUUGCUGGUAGGAUUCUUGUGAUCAUAUUUUCUUUUCUUAUAAUGAUGAUUGAGCGAUUAUGAUUUUCUUCUGUACCUGUUACUACUUUAUAGGGCAACUAGGAUCUUCUCCCACCAGGCAUACUACUCCGUACACACACACACACACACACACACAGUUUGAAGUCUUGUUAAUAGUAAUGAGAUAAACACAAUUUUACAG